AUGGCGGCAUACCUCAUACAACUAUUACAAUCACAGAAACAGCGUUCACUUAGUGUAGGCUUCUCAGAAACAACAUCUCAAAUUACGCUUACAGUAAGUAACGAGUGUCAAAAUAUAGCAACAACAACUAUAACAAAAACUUGCAAUUCUUCAACACCGUCCUGUGCAUCAGCACAAUCUGAUAUUGCUUUAUCAUUUGGAAUUUAUAAGCAUAAAUCAAGAGAUGAUGGUAUUCCAACACCAUUAGCGGCGCAUCAUAAAUUUAUUUCUUGA